AUGGCUACUGCGAAUGGUCCUAUCGCACCGGGGCCAUCAGUAUCCCGUGACUGGGCCGAUGGCCAUUCAUCUGGUCCGCUGAAUAGUGUCGUGUCGCAGACGAGUAUUACACCGUUGACACAGGCUCAUACACAGUACUCUGACCACUCAUCCGAACUCUCGCCCAAUCGCACAUCAUCGAGUGCAAAGUCUAAGCGAUCAGCGCUAGGCUUACACCCUCAAGCUCCUAUAGACGACGAGCACGAUCAAGGCCCAAGGUCGGAAUUGUUAUGGUCUCGAAUCAGGACUGUGCUACGAGAGCCGUUCGCAGAGUUUUGGGGCGUGGCGAUCAUGGUCAUGUUUGGCGAUGGAUCGGUUGCGCAGGUAUUGUUGUCGACUGGACAGACAACUGCGCCUGGAGGUAUGGGUUUCGGAUCGUAUCAGUCCAUCAAUUGGGGCUGGGGUUUGGGCGUCAUGCUUGGUGUCUACGUUGCUGGUGACUCUGGAGCCUAUCUCAACCCUGCAGUCACGUUUUGCAGCUGCCUCUUCCGCCAGCUCCCAUGGCGGCGCUUCCCCUUGUACUUUCUUGCCCAGCUACUCGGAGGCUUCGUCGGAUCAGGCAUCGUAUACGCCAACUACAUUUCCGGCAUCGACUGGUUCGAGGGCGGCAAGAUGAGGACCGUACCACCGGCGGAGAAAGCAACGGCGGGUAUCUUCUGUACUUAUCCGCAAGCCUUCGUGACGAAAUCCAGCCAAUUCUUCUCCGAAUUCAUUGCCAGUGCCUUACUCAUGUUUGUUAUCUUUGCAUUGAAGGAUCCAAGUAACAAUGGUGUUCCCAAGAGUGACAAAUGGUUUCCACUAUGCCUUUUCUUCUUAAUCUUUGGCCUGGGGUCGUGCUUUGGUUGGCAGACUGGAUAUGCCAUCAACAUUGCACGUGAUUUUGGCCCUCGUCUAAUGUCUUACUCAGUUGGCUACGGUAGCGAAGUCUGGUCGGCCGGUGGAUAUUAUUUCUGGAUUCCCAUGGUGGCGCCGUUCCUUGGCUGCAAUUUUGGUGCCUUCCUUUACGACGUCUUCAUCUUCACAGGCCCCAGUCCAGUCAACACGCCUUGGCUGGGCCUGAAACUGCUAGUACCGAGAUAUGCAUUGCAGGAGAGGAGAGCGCAUGCCAGAAGGAACAAACAAGAUGGUAUUGUGUGA